GAUCAAAUUGUUUGAUACUGAUACAUUACUAACCUUACAAAGCAAUACGACAGGGAUCAUGAUAAGAUAACAGACCCCUGCACAACAAAGCUACCCCACGUCACGAAGCUUUUUCCCCUCUAUGAAAUCAUCGAUAUCAUCCUGUCGUUAAACAUCAACAGCUACAUCAACAACUACAUAUACAUAUACCUAUAAUAUUAAUAUGACUUUCCAACAAGAACUUAAUUCAUGGCUAUCUCCAUCUCCAACUGACGUUCAAUCACCUCCAGAAAUCAACUCCAAAGCACCUUCAUCGUCCAAACUUCCAUUACCAAAUUCCAAUCGAAAGCCUACUAUUAUCACAUUCCUCCGACAUUGUGGCUGCCCAUUCGCAGAAAAGACCUUCCUCACCCUUCGCAAUCUUGCCACUUCUUACCCAAAUAUCAACAUAAUAGCCAUCUCUCAUUCUACAUCAUCCUCGACCGACACUUGGGUUGAAUCCCUUGGCGGCGCUGGCCCCAUCCAAGUAGUCGUUGAUUCUGAUCGAGAAAUAUAUGCACAAUGGGGAUUAGGCACUAGUUCCGCCUGGCACGUACUAAAUCCCUGGAGUAUGUUUUCCGUCUUUAAGCUUGGGCGCGAAGAACAGAUAUGGAAUAGACCCACGGAGAGUGGAAGUCGAUGGCAGACGAGUGGGAGUUGGGUUGUGGAUAAGGAGGGGAUCGUGAAGGGAGGUGGAGUGGCGAAGAGUGCGGACGAAAUUAUGAAUUUUGAGGCAAUUAAGUUAAUUGAGUGAUGGUGGCUGUAUGUUUUAAUAGUAUCAUGGUUGACAAAAUGAGAUACAACGACGAUAGUUACUUUAAUUUGGUAAUGGGUAAUGCUUUUGGGAUAUUGUUGGCA